GCAACUUUCAUCCCAAAUGGAAGACCAUCUUUAACUCCAUUUUUAUCCACAACCACACAGUGCUCCAUCAAUUAAACAUAAGAAUUCGAUUCCCCUGCUUUUUCUCCAUAAUUGGUUUAAUUUUGGGCCAUGUCGGCCCAAAACCAGCAUUGUCAGAGCGUGCAGUUGAACCCGCUCACCCUGCCAGCCGCUCCAAGUCCUCAGCAUAUUGCACCCUCAAACACAUCUAAUACACCUCGUCAGAAGGUAAGAGGGUCUCAAAGACGCAGUAAGGCGCAGAGAGUAAAUGAGAUAUGCCAAUUCAUGCGGAAAAAAAACAUUACAUUACGAGAAUUUAUCCAUGUCUACGCGACGACUCAAGGGUCAAGUGGUUAUGGGGAGCGCCCUGCCACGCGUGCUAAACGGCUCGCAGAGGCCGUCUACGGUCAGCCAGAGGUCUUAGACGCACUGCGAGAACAUCCCGCGUCUGGUGCGGCAGGAAUUAUCACUGUAAAGGCUCUGAGGAAGGAAAUGAAGGAACUGGAAGGAGCCGGAGGUAUGUUUAGUGCCUACCAAGUCGACCGUGUCCAAGAGGAGACUUCACCUGCCGGUGUGGGGAGGGAGAAACAGUCAGAGGGUCAGAAAGUCAAGGACUACGAGCGCAUGCUAGGCGACAUGCAGUUUGGGCAGAUGUACGAGCAAGUUAACACUCGUGCUCCUCUUCUAUGUGGAUUGCUCAAAGGCCUCAUGGCGCCCAAGACAGAGAGAAAAGAUCGACCACCACGGGAUCCUGCCAAGUUCAACCACAGGAUUGCGAUAAUCACGUCCAUUCUCUGCUAUUCUCGGGCGUCAGAAGGGAGCAACAAGUUUCCCCACUUAUUUGGUGUUUUUCUACAUUCAAAUGGCGUGAAACAGUGUAUCCUCGAUCUUCUUCACCAGUUUGGGGUUUGUGAAGGCUACAAGGGAGUCCACAGGCAUCUCGAAACUGUGGCAGAACAAGCAGAGGCAUCCUUACCGCCUCUCAGUAUAGAUGUCGACUGAUUAUAACUUGGGGACGGUCCAUCGAUAUAGUCAGCAACUGAAUGCCUAUAUUAUAUAUUUAUAUAUGAUAAUUUUGACUAUCGAGAAGAUAUUAAGCACUAGCUCAUUUCAAAUCACGCAGAAAUGCGCUCUAUGACAAUGGGAAGGGGUUUCAG